CGCUCAAGGUGUGUUAGCUGGCAGGCAAACGAACAACAAAGGUCAGGCACACAACAGACGGUGUCGAGAACUGGUGAACAUCCACUCUCUCAUCCCCCAUCACUUGAGGGCGAUAUAUUUCAAACGGCAACAGGGUCUAAAUACCAGUUUGAUACAGCCAUUGAAUGUAGUGCACCAGGCCGCCUCAUGUUCCAGUUACUACGAUAUUCGAGAUAUCGCGAUACAUGUAUAGACGUAAUCAUUCGAACUGAGUCCACUGGGUUUUUCACUUUGAGUCGUGUGAAACUUACAAUUUGCAAAUGCGUGCCUCAGAGCACACGGAAUUUGAAUAUGAAAAUAACGGAGGCACACCUUGACACCAUUGAGUCAUUUGACUCCGUUAGAAAAAUUGAUCGCAUAUUUGUGCAAACAGCCUCAACUACGUGGACUGACGAUAACCAUACCACUUACCCAGAUUUUCAGCAAACCAUUCAUACUACUCAUACCUGGAAUCAAGUAGAAUUUAUGGACGAUACAAAUGAUGUCCUGGAGUGGUCUGCCUUCUGCUCAUCAUGCUAA